AAAUUCUGUCAAUUUGGUUACUUGCGCUUAAAUAGGAAAGGGGUGUGGACUGCACUUUUGACUGUUGGGAAUCGCACUCUGUUUCUUGAAAAUUUAGAAUUAGAACAGAGGUUAUAGGCAGAUAUGACAGGUAGGUGAGCAUUGGCCAUCAGUUCUAGUUAGCAAUAUAUAACAAUAAAGUUGGUGAGGAAAUUCAUGCUAAGGCCAGCAGUUAGCAGUACGCUUCACUAGUCUCUUGUUUUAGUGGGAUCAGAUUCCUCUACAAGCUCUUUACAAUUCUAAAGACCUUCAACCAAAAAUGAGUUAUGAGCGUCUUGAACAUCACCACCACCACCAUCAUCCUCCACCAGGGCAUCCACCUCCGUAUCCUCCACCUGGCUAUCCACCUCCACCACCUUACCCUCCACCGCCGCCACCACCUCCGCCCUAUUAUCAAGACUACUUCUACCCUCCACCCCCGCCUCCUCCUCCCCAGGACAACCGCCAAGAUGACAGUGGCUGCUCUUCAUUUCUCAAGGGAUGUUUGGCUGCACUUUGUUGCUGCUGUCUAAUGGAAGAGUGCUUCUUAUUAACUUAGGAAUUCUAGUGCAUUUAAUUAUAUAUGUCUGUAAUGUUUCAUAAGUUUGCUUUAAUUGCAGACUAGUUUAGCAUGUUAUGAAUUCUACAUGAACUGUGAGUCUUUAUAUUGUGAAAUGAAUUUUGUCGAACUCUAUUUCUCCCCA